UCAGCAUUGUUGUCCGUGAAGACAGCACAUUUAGGAGCCAUGUUUGUCCCCUUGAUGGUUGUCAUUUACCUGACAGCCACAUUCUCAUCCAGUACCACACGAGCUCAAGAAACCCUGAGAACGGGUGAAACAACGGAGAUUGGAAAAGUCAUCAACCUGGCAAAAACCAACUUGCUGGAGGACUUUAAGGAAAGCGAAGCAAGCGUUUUUGAGCCUUUCCCUUUGCCUUGCUACAGAAAGGAAAACCUAAACUUCUCCAGAAGCUAUUUUGAAUAUUAUGAGAGUACUAAGGCCUUUUUCUCAAAACUAGCCACCCAAGCUGGAUUAGAUGCCUCAUUGCAGUCAUCGUAUUCACUGAGCGUCUCUCUCAGUAGUGUUACACAGAGCACAAGUUCAAGCGCAUCGAAGGUGAGUGGAAUUUCCUUAAUUGUCGAGUCACUGACAGAAAAGAUCCAUCUAGACAAAGACUGUUUAUAUGACGAAAAAUACAAGUUUAAGGAAAGCUUUCUGGAUAAAUUAAAAACAUUGCCGUUGAAGAUCGAUGAACCCUGGGAACGGAAUUCGUGGAGGCCAUAUUAUGACUUCCUGGAGCUAUACGGUUCCCAUGUGAUAACUUCCGUUACGCGCGGAGCAAGAAUAAACCAAAUGUCUUUUGCACGGAGCUCUAGAUCUUACAGUCAACGAGAAUUCCAGGUGAAAAGCUGCGUCUCGUUAGGAGGUCCCACAUCUGCUGGAACGGUCGAUGUCUCUGCGUGUGCAAAUGUGAGUAGCAGUGAAGCAUCUAGAACAAGCGAUAUGAGCACGACUGAUAAACUGUUCAUUAGAGGAGGAAGCAGGGAAACCCGUAGCAAGCUGUUACAGGGGAGGUCGAAGGAACUGAUUGAGAAACUUAUGAACGAAGCCGGAGACAUACAUUCCUCGGUACAGCAUACCUUCAAAGAGCUCUGGACAGUUCUACAAAGUCGCUUCCCAUCAGGAUCACCCAACUACGCUAGAGGACUAAACCUGAAAAACUUCUACCUCGGUUUCCUGAAUUACGGUUGUCCCUUCAUUGAAAAUGGAGGACUCAAAAUACAGAAAUUCGACUACACCAAGAGGUCCAGCGAAAUGUACCCAGAAUUCGAGUGUACUCUUGCUGCAGAGGGUUGCCACAGCAACGACGACUGCCAUUAUGUUCCUAUUUAUUGCUCCUGUCGAGGCCCAACAUGUGUCCACUACGAGUACAAGGAACAAGAAACAGGUGUUCCUAAGCAGAUCGCCUUCGCUAACACCGAGCGAGACUGGGGAUGGCAUGGUUGUGACUGGAAAGUCCAUGGGUCGUAUUGUGAUUGCUAUAAUGACAGUCGCAAUUCACGGAGAGUUGUUUGGUCCUUACCCAGCAAAGAUUACGUCGUACGUAAGCCGCCUAAACAUGGCCGCCACCGCAAGGCAAAAGACCGAGGUCAGGGCCAAGCGAAAGGAAAAAGAAAAGGACUGUAAUCUUCCGCAUUACGCUCCAUGUGAUCACUAGAAUAUUGUAACGUAGGUAUCAGUUGAAACAAUUGCCGAGAGAAGAGGGUCCGUAGACUGAGUUAAAGCUGAAUAUCGCCGGACUACACAACUAAUUUCCAUUACACAAUGUCGGCUAUGUUGGAUGGC